AUGAUUACGCUGAAGUUCGUCAAGGGGAAACCCCUUUAUCGCUUGAUGAGUUGGUGUUGUUGUAUAGCCUUCGGGCUGUACGGGUACGAUGCGGGGGUUCUGGGUGGUGUACAAGAAACAAAACCCUUCCUCGAUGCGCUCGGUAACCCCACUGGGGCCUAUAUCAUCCCAUUGGUUGCCUCUAGUUAUACGUUAGCUGCGACAGUCUGCUCUCUCUUGGUUUCCCUUAUCGGCAUGCCCGUCGGUCGGCGUGGUUGCAUUCUGCUUGGUGACAUCCUUGUUGUCGUGGGAGGUAUUCUACAGGCUACGUCUUGGUCGGUCGCACAAAUUAUUCUUGGUCGGGUGAUAUGCGGUUUCGGAAUAGGGUUCAUUUCCUGCGCUGUUCCAACAUACAUGGCGGAGAUGAGUAUUGAAAUCAAAAAACGCGGCCCGGAGGUAGCUGUACAAUGCAUAUUCCUUAUUGGGGGAUGUGCCGUGGCCUACUGGGUUGACUUCGGAUUCACUCGAAUGAACAACCAACUGUCAUGGCGAUUGCCUAUUGCUUUGCAAUCACUUUUUGCCUUAGUCUCAGGGUCUUUCAUGUUUCUGCUGCCCGAUACUCCACGAUGGUACUACGCACGUGCCCGACAUGAAGAGGGUGACGACGUUCUUUCUCGUCUUCAUGACCGUCCACUCUCGCAUCCUGCCGUUCAGCACAUGCGGCAUGAGAUUCUCGACUCUCUCAAGUUGGAAGAAGAACAAACCAAUCAGUUCAGGGUUCUGGAUCUAUUUUGGGAUCGUAGUAACCUCAAGACUGGCAGACGAAUUCGUAUCGCGUUUAUGAUCCUCGCCCUGCAGCAAAUGAUGGGGAUCAACAUUUCUGUGUACUACGCGACGAUCAUCAUUAGCCAAGCAGGCGUCUCCCCGUUCCUUGCGCAACUCUUGGCUGCGGUAAUGACCACGGUCUUUGCUCUCGGCGCAACCCUUCUUCCUUCUACUAUUGAACGCGUUGGCCGCCGCGCAGUUCUUAUAUAUUCAGCUGCGGCGAUGACGGUCUGCCUUGCAAUUUUCGUUGCAAUGAUCGGGUCAUCCAACCCAACUUUGGCGAAGCAGUGGACCGCCAUUGCCUUCAUUUUCAUAUAUAACUUCAUCUUCGGUUAUGGCUGGAUUGGUGUAUGCUGGUUAUACGGGCCCGAGAUUGCCCCUUUGAAGUACCGGCACGUUGCAGGUGCGGCAUCGGCUUUUGGUGAAUGGCUAUUUUCAUUCAUCACCGUAUUUGCUGGGGGUAUUGGCCUCCAGACCGUCGGCUGGAAGAUGUGGAUUUGGUGUGUCCUCUCUUGCGCUGUGGCAGUGGUCUUCGUUUAUUUCAUGUGCCCAGAGACUACAGGAAAAAGCCUCGAAGAGAUCGAUUUAAUUUUCAAGAGUGACUCUGAUGAAAUGCCUGGUGCGAUUGCCAGCGAAGAUACUGUGACAUCCGAGAAGAUUCACAAUAACGAGCUGUUCUAUUCGGGACUGUUGCGUGAGCCCCUUGCGUCGGGACCACGAUAUUCCGUGCUGAACAUCGCACACAAUUAUCGCCUGGCCUUCCCCUCCCUCGAAAAGAACAUCGCCGUUUCGAAGGAGAGCCGGGCUCUCUCCGCGACGGUUUCUUCAAGAGUUCCUUUUACGAUGGUGCGUCAUAGUUCGGCGGCCCCCAGUCUAACCCCUGGGGGACAGACCACCCUGGGCUCCUCGAUCUAUCCGGCAGAGUAUAUAUGGAAUUCCCUCUCCGACUCCCAGCGGGACUCAUUCAUCUCUACCGUUUUCGCGUCCCUUGUUGCGGGCGACGGGCAGCGCAAGCGCCCACGUAUAGAUCUCACUACGGAGGAGGAUGCCGACCAUGGUAGGGUCCCGUCUCUUGUUUUGCCUAUCCUCCCCCGCUUCCCUGGCCUCGACCGUGCUGCAAUCAUAGCCGUCUUCGAGCACACCUUCCGCCCAAAGAAGGACCUCAUAAAACUGCGUAGCCCCGAGUUUAAAGUCUCGGCACUGGAUGGCGAGUCUUUCGACUUAAAAUCUACUUCAUCUGGCCUGCAAUUGCGUUAG